CAUCACCCAAGAUGUCUUCAACUGGAAAUCUGACCAAAGAAAUGAUGACUCUUGUCAAAGCAAUUGGCGAGGCUAGAUCUAAACAAGAGGAGGACAAAAUAAUCCUAACAGAAGCAGACAGGCUUAAGCAAAAGUUCAGGGAGAAGAACCUCAGUGAGAAAAGAAUGAAGGAUUUACUCAUCAGAUCCAUCUAUGUUGAAAUGCUAGGCCAUGAUGGCUCAUUUGCUCAUAUCCAUGGGAUCAAUAUGUCUCAGCAGAAGAAUAUCCUUAGCAAGAGGAUUGGGUACCUUGCUUCUACCUUGUUCUUGGACGAAGAUAAUGACCUGAGCAUUUUAUUGGUUGCAACACUGCAAAGAGAUCUAGAAAGUGACCAAUAUUUAGAGGUGUUAAGCUCCCUUCAAGCUAUCAGUAGACUUGCUAAUAUCCAGAUCAUGACAGCAACAAUUGCCCAAGUCAAUAAUUUACUGUCCCAUCCUAGUGAUUUUGUCAGGAAGAAAGCAGUCAUGGUAAUGUACAAAUUCUGGCAAAUAAAACCUAGCGGAGUAGAAGAUAUUGGAAAAAUUAUGAAGGGAGCUCUCUGUGAUAAGGUACCCUCAGUUAUGAGUGCUUCACUCAACUACUUCCAUCAUGUAUGCAAGACUAAUCCUGAGGACUACCGUGACCUAGCAUCUAGCUUUGUUGUCAUUCUUAAGCAAGUUGUUGAGCACAAGCUCCCAAGAGAUUAUGAUUACCACAGAGCUCCAGCUCCUUGGAUCCAGACCAAGAUUAUGGAGAUACUCGGUUUCCUUGGAAAAGAUGAUGAGGAUACUUCAAACCAGAUCUAUGAAGUAAUCCAAACAGCUUUAAAAAGAGCAGAGGAUCAGCCUAUCAACAUUGGGCAUGCAUUAGUAUAUCAAUGCAUCAAAUGCAUCCUGUCCCUGCACCCAAAUGAUUCCCUUCUAGAGCUUGUCAGUAAGUCAAUUACCAAAUUCUUCUCAAAUGACUGAAACAAUCUCAAAUAUGUGGGAGUGACUGCUCUGAAUGCAAUUCUGAAGGUGAACCUCAAAUAUGCUGAAGACCAUCAAGAAAAUGUCAUCGAAUGUCUCGAGUGAUCAGAUGACACUCUUAAGUUAAAGACUCUGGAGCUACUUCACACCAUGACUAAUGAGGAUAAUGUUGAAGCAAUUACUGAGAAAAUGCUCGAGCAUCUCCAAGUUGCUCCAAGAAACUCAACAAUUAGGAAAGAUUUGGUCCAAAAGAUAUACCAAUCUGUUGAAAAGUUCUCUCCAAGCAAGAGAUGGUUCGUCAAAACUAUGAAUAAGUUAUACGAUAUGGGAGCGGACCUUAUCCCUCAGGAUAUCUCAAACAAGUUUAUCAAUGUUGUCUGCGAGCAUGAAGCAGAAUCAGGCUCAUCAAAGUUUAGAGAGUCUUUGAUCAAGAUUAACAAGAAGGUACUCAAGAAGUCUCAAUACAUCCCUGAUAGCCACAUGAAAGUCCUUGUAUACAUGCUAGGAGAAUUUGUACCUAUGGACUCUGACAAGGAGAGAGCUGAGGAGAUCAUAGAGUUACUCUGAGAAGCCUCAGAAAACAACUUUGAGCAUUUAAAUACCAUCGGAUGGAUCAUCUCAGCUAUCACAAAGAUCCACAUGUCCCUUAAUUUUGGAAAGAAUAAGAAAGUUAGCAAAGUUAUUACCAAAUAUUCCCAUUGCUCAGAGACUCAUAUUCAGCAAAGAUGUCAUGAGUAUGAUCAAAUGAAGCUUGCUUUCGAAGCAGGGAGAACCAGUGUUAAAGAUUCCUUGUUUACUCAUCACUCAGACCUUCAGCCGUCCUCAUUUGAUUUUGAGCUCUCAUUCCUCGAUAGCUAUGCCCAAGAUUGUGUGAACCAAGGAGCAAGAACAUAUGAUGUUGAUAUGAAAAAUUCAGCAAUUUCAAUGACCGGAUCCCAUCAUAUUGCAGAUAAAGAACUGAAUUUCACACCAUAUGAGAAGCCAAAGAGAGCUGUGACUAUCUCCACACAGCCUAGAGCAGAACUCAAAACUGCAACUUCAGAACCUGGGUCUGGCCCAAAACUUGCUCUCAAGAUUAGCUCUAAGAAAGGAAGAUGGACCAAGGAAGGAUUCAAAGGACCUGAGGAUGAGAAGCCUCAAUUAACCAUUCAGAAGACCUCAACUGCUCCAAGCAAGCCAACUCUUAAAGUUCCUUCCACAGGAAAGGACUCUAAAGGCAUCUUCAGCUCUAAGAAAGCCAAGCCUGAAAAAGAUGAGAAGAAGAGUAAGCUAAAAUCUGCACUCUUCGCUGGAGUAUCCAAAAAGAAUGACUCUGAUGAUUCAUCAUCAGACUCUGACUCUUCCUCAGAUAGUGAAGAGGAGAGGAAGAAGUCAAAGAAGAAAUCUAAGAAAUCCAAGAAAAAGAGAAAACAUUCUAGCGAUGAAGACGAUGAAGAUGAUGAAGAAAAGGGAACAGAAGAAACACAGAAAAAUCAAACGCAAGCAGAUGAUUUAUUGGGAAUGGGCUCGCAGAAUGAGUUUGAUCCGCUACAGAUGAUGGAAGAGAUGUCUGGUUCUCAACCAGCAACUACAGGAGCGACUCCUGGAGAUUUACUAAAUGAUCCAUCUUUUGCUAGUUCUAUGACAUCUCAGAAUAAUGCCUCUCCUGCUGCUGGAAUGGCUCCUCAACAACCAACAUCUGUAUUUGGAACUUCAGGAGUACCACAAGGAUACCCUGGUGGAGGAAUGCAACCUGCACAGCCUCAGCCAGGUCAUAUGGGAUACUCCGGAGCUCCAGGCCAGUACAUGUACCCUGGAGGUCAAACCCCUGGCCAAGCUCCUCCUCAGCACACUCAAAGCCCUGCUGCAAGCAAUGGCCAGGAUGAUAGUGAUCCAUUCAAAGAUCUGAUAUAAUCUCUACUUCAUGUUACUUAUAGCCAAAUUCAAAA